AAAAAAUGGGAGGGCGAACACUACGUAAGAUUUUAUAUAGUCGACAUUUCUAGAAUAUUUAUCGGUAACAAAUUGCUUUUAGACUCUUUCUUGCGUCGAAUGCUGUUCGAAAAGAUAGGAAAAGAUAAGUAAAAGCAAAACGUUAAUGUGUACAUCCGAGCGAAUUGUAAUCAUAGAUAUUACGCAAUUCGUCCAAUAGCUUGUCCGUACGCGUCGCCCUCAGCGAGUUGGUUGUUCAGGGGUUUCGUUGGAAGCAUAGGUUAAACGUUAAAGAAAUUGUGCAUCAAAUAUGAUAUUUGCUACGAAAAUAAUUUGCAAUUCUGCACUCAGGCACACUGCGAAGCAGCUAUCUUUAGUUGAGCAUCUUGUUAAACACGAAUUUUAUGGUCAGUUACGAGCAGGGGCAUAUUUACCAAGUCUGAUAACGCAAAGGUUUUAUAGCACGAAACAAGUGUUUAAUAGGAAUAAGCCCCAUUGUAACAUUGGUACAAUUGGACAUGUCGAUCAUGGAAAAACGACGCUUACAGCAGCUAUUACCAAAGUUCUUUCUCAAAUGGAACUCGCAAAAGCAAAAGAAUACUCUGAUAUUGAUAAUGCACCCGAAGAAAAAGCACGUGGUAUAACUAUUAAUAUCGCGCAUGUUGAAUAUCAGACAGAGAAACGUCAUUAUGGACAUACCGAUUGUCCAGGACAUGCGGAUUAUAUCAAAAACAUGAUUACUGGAACGUCACAGAUGGAUGGAGCUAUACUUGUUGUUGCUGCUACAGAUGGUACCAUGCCACAAACCAGAGAGCAUUUACUUCUUGCUAAGCAGAUUGGUGUCCAGAGCGUUGUUGUUUUCAUCAAUAAGGUUGACAUCGCAGACAAUGAAAUGGUCGAUUUAGUAGAAAUGGAAAUAAGAGAAUUGUUAACAGAAAUGGGUUAUGAUGGAAUAAACAUACCUGUUAUUAAAGGUAGUGCCCUUUGUGCGAUGGACGGUACUAAUCCAGAUAUAGGACGGAAUGCUAUAAUAAAAUUGUUAGAGGCUGUGGAUUCUUAUAUUCCAAACCCUGUCAGAGAAUUAGACAAACCUUUUGUCUUACCGAUAGAAAGUGUUUACUCUGUUACGGGUAGAGGGACGGUAGUUACUGGCAGAUUAGAACGUGGAAAAAUAAAGAAGGGCAUGGAAUGUGAGGUGGUUGGGUACAAUAAAAUAAUGAAGAGCACAAUAACAGGAAUAGAAAUGUUUCAUCAAACGUUAGAAGAAGCCGAGGCGGGAGACCAAAUGGGUGCUUUGCUUAGAGGUUUAAAAAGAGAUGACAUUAAAAGGGGUAUGAUAAUGUGUAAACCAGGAAGCUUGAAAGCCUACGAUCAUUUAGAAUGUCAAAUGUACAUGCUGACUCCUGCGGAAGGAGGUAGAACAAAACCUAUUUCUAAUCUCAUGCAGCUUCAAAUGUUUUCAAAGACGUGGGAUUGUGCAGUUCAGUUAAGUAUGGAAAUGAAGGACUUGAUCAUGCCUGGCGAAGACUCUAGUGUUACGUUAAAAUUGAUAAGACCAAUGGUGUGUGAAAAGGGCCAGCGAUUUACAUUAAGAUUUAGCUCGAUGUCUGUAGCAACUGGAGUAAUCACGAAUAUUUUGUCAAAUCUCAGCGAAGUCGAGCGAUUAGAACUUCUCGCAGGUAAAAAGAAACUGAAGAAAGUUGCGGCAAAAGCUUAAUUCAAAUUUUUUUCUGCAUUUAUCGUGUGUCAGUCAAUAAAACCAUGUAGAAUUAAAUUCAACAAAUAAACACACACAUAUAUAUGUAAAAUAUUCGACUCCGAAAUAUUACUUUCAGUUAUGUUGAAAAUUAAUAAAUUAAUCUAUAUGUAAUAAUAAUAUAAUAAUAUUUUGUAUACAAUUUUAAUUUUCUGUUUUUAAAAUGGUCGAUUUUUAUUAUCGAUAAAGCAUAAUUUCCUCAACAAAUAGAGAAUGCAAGUACUUUAAACGAUUUGAAAAUGUCUUAACUUUGAAAAAACAGUUCAACGAUGAUUUAUUGAAUCCAAUACAUCAACGGUACAAGUUGUUUUAAACAACAGAUGAGACACCGAUACGAAAUAUUUCGUUCUCCUCUUACUUCUGUUAUUUCUUAACCAUAGUUGUGCUAUGGUGUUUGUGUACACAUUACUUGGUGCAUUCAAUUGGCAAUAAAAUAAAGGAAUUAGGGGAAGGA